AUGAGACGUGUGCCCACCAAGAAAUAUAUCACCGGCCUCGAACGACGUGUUGAGGGUUUAGAAAAGCUCCUCAGACAGCUAUGUCCAGAAGACCAAACCUUCGAAGAAUGGCUCGAAUGGCUUGAUGGAGGUUCCGACUCGAAGACUCCCCGAGUCGGACAAUCUUCACUGGCUGCAACAACGAUCCCUGUAGAAAGAAUAACCAGGGGACUUCGAGCUGUUGGCAACGACAAUUAUACUCAUUUAGACGAUGAAAGUGAUGGGCUUGCAAAAGGUCCGAACAUAAUGAACCUGGGGACAAAUCGAUUCUUUGGCAUGUCCAGCGGCGAGGUUCUGGCCUAUAUAGCAUUGAAAACGAAGCACAUCCAGACCCAGUAUCUGAAACAGCCAGUUCUUCGCUACAAACGCGAGGAAUUUUGGACUCGUCUCCCGUGGGAACGAACACCGGAACCCUUAAUUUCAGCUCGCUAUAACUUCCCUGAACCCGACUUUGCCGCCGGCCUCGUGGAACUCUAUUUCGACAACGUUAAUUCUUACCUGCCUCUCCUGCAUGGGCCUUCCUUCCGGAGAUCCGUGCUCGCGGGCUUACAGCACAUCAACGACGAUUUUGCAGCAAUCUAUCUUCUUGUGUGCGCCGUAGGUUCGAAAUUCUCGACCGACUCGAGAGUCCUUCUGCCUGGCUUCGAUUCGUACCACUCUGCUGGCUGGAAAUGGUUCAACGAAACUCAAGCACUCAAGACAAGGUACCCUAUUCAACCGUGUUUGUAUGACCUACAAUUUUACUGUCUCAGCAUAAUAUUUUUGCAGUGCUCUUCUGCACCGCAACCAGUGUGGGCGAUGAUUGGCAUUGCUUUCCGUUUAGCUCAAGAAGUCGGUGCUCAUCGGCGGAAGACGCGACCAAACACAGUGGAAGGCGAGCUGUGGAAACGAGCCUUCUGGGUUCUUCUUAGCCUCGAUCGGACCAUAAGUGUCGCCCUGGGACGUCCAUGCGCCAUCCAAGAAGAAGACUACGAUCUAGAUACACCUAUCGAUUGCGACGAUGAAUACUGGGAAAAUCCAGAUCCACCGAAACGAUUCAAACAGCCGUCAGACAAGCCUUCCCUGAUUUUAGCGUUCAUUCUGCACCUUCAGCUGACUCGAAUCAUGGCGUAUUGUAUUCGGGGAAUCUAUUCGUUAAGUAAGAUGAACGCACAGCUAUGUUUGAAGGAUCAGCAGUGGAAGUCUCGGAUCGUGGCAGAACUAGACUCUAGUUUGAACAAGUGGUUCGCCUCCGUACCAGAGCAUCUACGAUGGGACCCCAACCGGGAGCAUGACAAAUUCUUCAGUCUCUCUGGGAUGCUUCAUGUUACCUACUACCACAUCCGCAUCUUGAUUCAUAUCCCUUUCAUCCCGCUGCCCAACCGCCCUUCGUCUCUGUCGCUUCCAUCCCUGGCUAUAUGCAAGAAUGCGGCUCGCGCAGGCUGCAGCGUGGCAUAUACCUGCCUCGAGAAGAAUGUGAUGCCGCCGCUUCCGAAUGUCCAGAUUGCCACCUACGUCUACGGUGUUGUGCUUCUUUUCGAUAUGUGGGGCCGAAGAAAACCUGGAAGUCCGCCGGAGUGGAACAAUGAUAUGGAGGACAUUUAUAGAUGCCUUCACAUCUUCAAGGCUGCUGAGGCGCGGUGGCAUCAUGCGGGCAAAGUGAGGGACGUCCUGUCUGAGCUUGCCUUCGUUGAUCUCCCAGCUCAAGGACAGGAGGCAUCCAACAGUACCAGCACUCCAGGACGGCGUUGGUCUCCUUCAGGUCCCUCAAGCUCCCUUUCUCAGACCAUACCCCAGACGCGGUCUCAAAACCCCAAUGGAGGAGCGUCCAUAAUGGACGGCCGGUGGUGUUAUUCUUGCGAGAAUGUCUUCAGCGGAGAAGAUGCAGUAGCGAGCGUUUCUGUCGCUCAAUCUUCCGGAGGCUUGCAGAGUUAUCCCGAUUCAAGACAAGCUCUACUUCCAUUUCCGAUAUCGUCCGCCAUCAACCUUGCAGGCGUUCAAGAACCGGGGUCAGAUAAUGUCUCGUCGCUCAAUUUCUGGUCUUUGUUCCAGGCGUCAUUAGCUUCAUUGUACCCACCGACUUCAAACGGGUCCAGCGUCAUGGCUUUUGCUCCUUUUACGAACUUUCCCGACGAGGUCGCAAUGGGGGAAUCCGGAUCCCUCGUAGUGGAAGAUGGGACUGUCACCCUAUCAUCGAACGAUGGCCAAUACUUCUACCAGAAGGAAGAACAGACGACCCAAGAGACACAGGAACAUCUAACACCUUUAAGGCAACACGGUUCAACUGACGAGGCAACGAGCGUCUGUCCGAACGUCCUUGCAACGAGCCUUGGGUUGGGAGAUUGGGAUCAAUAUCUUCAAGAUAUAGGAGAUUUGAUGCACAGUUAA